AUGACGAUCAAAAUUCUCAACAAUCAAUCCAGAUCACGCUGUAAAACCAUUCUAUCUGCGAAGCUGCAUAGCUCAAGCGAACAAGUGAGAGACGCUGCAGAUAUCGCAAAGAACAUAUCCAAAGUAAUGAUGUCUUCUCCUCAAAUUGUGCUUGACUCGGCAUUAGAUCAAAGCGGUUUAAGAGUCACACAAGAAGUAGCAGAAGAAGUGCUAAACAGAUUCAGGAACGCCGGUUUAUUAGCAUACAGAUUCUUCCAAUGGUCAGAGAAGCAGCGUCACUACGAGCACAGCGUCCGUGCCUACCACGUGAUGAUCGAGUCCACAGCGAAGAUAAAGCAGUACAAGCUCAUGUGGGAUCUUAUCAACUCAAUGAGGAAGAAGAAGUUGCUAAAUGUCGAGACUUUCUGCAUCGUGAUGAGGAAGUACGCGAGGGCGCAGAGAGUGGAAGAAGCGGUUUACGCGUUUAACGUGAUGGAGAAGUAUGAUUUGCCUCCGAAUCUUGUGGCUUUCAAUGGAUUGUUGAGUGCUCUGUGUAAGUCCAAGAACGUGAGGAAAGCUGAGGAGAUAUUCGAGAAGAUGAGAGACCGGUUUGUGCCUGACUCGAAAACGUAUAGCAUUCUGCUUGAAGGAUGGGGUAAAGAGCCAAACUUGCCAAAGGCGAGAGAGGUUUUCAGGGAGAUGAUUGAUGCUGGUUGUGAUCCGGAUAUAGUGACUUACAGUAUAAUGGUUGAUGUGCUUUGUAAAGCUGGAAGAGUUGAUGAAGCUCUUGGCAUUGUGAGGAGCAUGGAUACGAGAGUUUGCAAGCCGAGUACUUUCAUCUAUAGUGUGCUUGUGCAUACUUAUGGAAGUGAGAACCGGCUUGAGGAGGCGGUUGAUACGUUUCUUGAGAUGGAGAGAAGUGGAGUGAGAGGUGAUGUGGCGGUUUUCAAUUCGUUGAUUGGAGCGUUUUGCAAAGCGAAUCGGAUGAAGAAUGUGUAUAGGGUUUUGAGAGAGAUGAAGAGUAAGGAGGUGACGCCUAAUUCAAAGUCAUGUAACAUUAUUUUACGGCAUUUGAUUGAUUGUGGUGAGAGAGAUGAAGCGUUUGAUGUGUUUAGGAAGAUGAUGAGAGUGUGUGAGCCAGAUGCAGACACGUACACGAUGAUGAUAAAGAUGUUUUGUGAGAAGAGAGAGAUGGAGAGUGCUGAUAGAGUGUGGAGGUACAUGAGGAAGAAAGGUGUUUUUCCGAGUAUGCAUACGUUUGCUGUUCUUAUUCAUGGGUUGUGCGAGGAAGGUAACACUCAGAGAGCUUGUGUAUUGUUGGAGGAGAUGAUUGAGAUGGGGAUUCGACCUUCAGGUGUGACGUUUGGGAGAUUGAGACAGCUGCUUCUCAAAGAAGGUAGAGAUGAUGUGCUCAAGUUUCUUAAUGAGAAGAUGAAUCUUUUGGUUAAUGAGCCUUUGUGUGAUUGA